AUGCAGUCUGUUGAAUUUAAAAGACUUUUUAAGGAUAUCGCAGGAUCAGAUAAGUUUUUAAUUAUCAUAGGAACAAUAUCAGCUAUACUUACUGGAAUUUUUCUUCCUAUGUUUUCUUUUCUUCUUGGAGAUCUAGCUGAUAUAUUUGAUCCAAGGAACCCACGAGAUCAAUAAGAAAAAGCUCUAAAAUCAGUGUCACUUUAAAUCGGCCUACUUGGAUUUGCAGUUUGGUUGUUCAGUUAUAUAUUUUUUGGAUUCUGGUAGCAUGCAGCAGAAAAUAUAGUUUUUAAAUUAAGAUCUUAGUACUUGAAUUGUUUGCUAAGACAGGAAAUAGAAGACUUGGAUAACAUGAAUAUAGAGCAGCUUCCAUCUCAACUAAGUGAAAACUUUAGCAUUAUUUAAGAUUCUAUAGGAUAAAAGCUUUCAACAAUCAUAUUUUCAAUAAGUAAUAUACUCAGUGGAAUAGUUAUUGCUUUGAUAUAUGGGCCUGAUUUAACUGGAAUUUUCUUAGUAAUAUUUCCUAUUUUGUUAGCGAUUCUAUUUGCUAUUGGUAUUAGAGUAUAGAAAUUUUCUAUUAGGAAGUAAUCUGUGAUUUAAUAAAUGGGAGGAGUUGUCGAAGAAUGUUUAAUGUCGAUUAAAUUGAUUACAUCUUUUUCUUAAGAGGAAAAAGAGAUUAAGAAAUUUGAAAAAUUAGUAGAACAAGCUAAAGAAAUAUCAGACAAGUCUGAGCAUUAGAUUGCUGCUUUUAUAGGUUUGUUAAAAUUUGUUAUAUUUGGAUUUUAUGCGUUUGAAUCUUACUUAGGCACUGUUUAUAUAUAAUACAAUCUCUUUAAUGCAAGUUCUGGGUAAGAUUAUACAACUGGAGAUAUUAUCUCUGUGAUUAUGUCAUUCAUUUAUGGUACGGGAACGUUAUUUAAUAUCAGUCCCAAUAUUUAAGGAAUUAUAAAAGCUAAGCUAGUCGGGAAACAAAUUUUUGACGUCAUUGAUAAAGUCUAGAAUAAUUUUUCAAAAUAAGAGGGAAAAAUCAAAAACUUUGAGGUUAAUGAAAACAUAAGGUUUGAAUCUGUGUCAUUCAAGUAUCCCAAAGCAAGUAAAGUAACUUUGUAGGACGCUUCAUUUACAAUUCAAGCAAACUAAACUACUGCGAUUGUUGGCAGCUCAGGAUCAGGAAAAAGUACCAUUAUAUAAUUAAUAGAGAGAUUUUAUAAAUUAGAUUCAGGGUCAAUAUUUUUCGAUAACCUAAAUAUUUAAGACGUAGACUUAAGAAUUCUACGCGAGUCGAUCGGAUUAGUUUAAUAAGAACCUGUAUUAAUUAUGGGAUCUAUCAAAGAUAAUAUUCUAUUGGGAAACAAAGAUGCCAGUAACGAUGAGAUAAAAAAUGCCGUUAGAGUGGCUAAUGCAGAAUUUAUUUAUGAACUCUAGCAUUCUCUAGACACCUAUGUAGGGUCAUCAAAUAUUCUUAAUCUUUCUGGGGGUUAGAAGCAAAGAAUAGCAAUCGCAAGAGCUUUGAUAAAGAAUCCAAAGGUGUUGAUAUUAGAUGAAGCCACGAGUGCUCUUGAUCCUAAAAGUGAAAAAGAUGUUUAGCAGGCACUGUAAAAUAUACAAAGAUCAGACAAAAAACUAACAAUCAUUAUUAUUGCUCACAGAAUUUAAACAAUCAUGGCUGCUGACAAUCUGAUCUACCUCGAUAAGGAGCAUAAAAUAGUUCAAUCAUAAAAAGACUCUGACAAAUACCAUUAAAUAAUUAAAAUCUUAGAAUAAAAUAAUGAUUGGGAUGAUAACAGUUAUAGCCCUUUUAAAAUUCCUAAGAAAUUACUAUAAGAAACUUCUUCUUCAGAUAAAAGAAAUGAGGAACUUGAAUAAUCUUUCAACAAACUAAAUACUAAUAGAAAUUUGUAGAAAAAUGAUCUGAAUGAUUCGUAAUACAUCCUGAAAGAAGAAAACAGCGAAAUUAUUAAAUAAUAAUCAUCUAUGUAGAAUCUUGUCAAGAAAUAAUAUGGAAUGAAAGACAUCAUGAAAUACUACAAACCUAAUUUCAAAGUCUUCCUGGCCUUCGUUGCAACAUUUUUAAAUGCCUUUUCAUAUCCAGUCUAUGGGUAUAUCUUCUCUAAAGUAUGUUUUGUAAUGCUUGGAUUCCAAUCACCUACUUUUGUUGAAACGAGGAAUAUUUGGUGCGGUAGUUUCAUGGCUAUAACAUUUUUAAUGGGUUUAUUUGAGUAUUUUAAAGGUUCUUUGCUCGCUUAACUUAGUGAAAAUCUAACAUUUUCAAUUAGAAAAGCACUAUUCUCUUCAAUGAUUAGAUAGAAUAUAGAGUGGUUUGAUAAAAAAGAAAGAGCACCAGGAAUCUUGAGUAGUAUGUACCACGAGGAUAUUUCCUAACUAAAGGGCUUAACUAGCUAAACUUUGGGUCUGAUUCUAGAGGCUCUUUUAUGCCUUUUUAUUGGAAUUACCCUAGCCUUUAUCAGUAAUUGGAAAUUGGCUUUGAUUACUAUCUCUAUUUCACCAUUUCUAAUACUUGGAGGUGUGGCUGAGUAAAUGGUAUACUGGAACUCACUAAAAAAUUCAGCUAAAUAAGUAUAGGAGAACGAAGAGUCAAUGGAUCCUUACGAUAAAGCAAACGCUUUACUCUCCGAUAUCAUUAUCAAUUACAAGACAGUAAUAAGUCUAGGACAAAAGAAUAUAGAGUUUUUAGUAGAUUAAUACAAAGAUUUACUUCAAGGACCAAGAAAAAUUGGUUUAAGACAAGCACAUUUUACCGGUGUUAUCUAUGGAUAUUCUUAAAGCAUACGACUAUUAUUUAUUGGCUUCAUCUUUUUUAUUGGUACGAUUUUUAUUUUUCAGCAUAAUGAGUCCCAGGAGGAUUGCUUUGUUGGCAUCUACACACUAUUCUUGUCAGCAUUAUAAACAGGCUCUUUAUUCACUUAAGUUCCUUCGACUUCCAAAUCAAAGAAAGCAGCAAAUAAAAUUCUCUCUAUCAUAGAUAGCUCGAAGGAUGGCUUAAAAGUUAACUCAGAAAAAGUGGUAAACUAUGAACUCACUGAUACUAUUAAAAAUGGAGAAAUACAAUUUUAAAACAUAAACUUUAAAUACCCCUCAAGAGAUAAAAUUGUACUAAGCAACUUUUCCUUGAAAAUAACACAAGGAUGCAAGGUCGCAUUAGUUGGCCAUUCCGGUUCAGGUAAAAGCACGAUAGCCAAUCUUUUAUUAAGACUUUAUGAAUUCGAUUAAGGAUCAAUAAUGAUUGAUGGAGUGAAUCUAAAAGAUUAUGAUGUUAAAUCUCUAAGAAAUUCAAUUGGGUACGUUAUGCAGGAGCCUUUACUUUUCAACAUGUCAAUAAAGGAAAACAUUAUCUAUGGAAAUGAUAAGGCAUCAGAUGAUUAAAUUAGAGAAGUAGCUGAAAUAGCAAAUGCACUUUAGUUUAUUGAGAACUUUGAAGUUGAAGAGGAAGGAAAUUUAGCCUAGAAUCAAAGCAAAAUAUAAUAACUUAAAGGCAUUGUUAACAAUUUGAAACAAACCAAUUAAGAAUUAGAAAGAAUAUUAGAGAAGAAAGACAAGCUAUUAGAUAGAGCAUUUUAAGAUGUGAUUUAAUCUGGGAACAUUGAAAAAUCUAAAGACUUAGUACUCAAGACAAUUUGGGUCUAAGAAUAAGAACAUAUUAAGGACUACCUUAACAGAGAAAAAAUCUUAAACUAAUAUGAGAAAGAAAUAUAAAAAGCUUUUGAAUAGAAUAAAAUGAUGUUUGAUCUUCAAACAGUUGUUGACUAUGUUAGGAGAAAAGAUUCUUAAACUAAGUUUGAAGACUUUAUUGCAAAAAAUUAAGAAAGAAUCAAGAAUAAAAAUGAAAGUAUUAAGUCUUCUUUAGAGUUAAUUUUAAAGAAUGAUGAUUACAAGAUAAAUAUUGGAGUAACUCCAAAAUCUGACCAACUUCAUUAGGGCUUCAAUAAGAUAUGUGGUCUUAAAGGAUCAAUGCUUUCAGGGGGAUAAAAAUAAAGAAUUGCGAUUGCUAGAGCAUUGAUAAAGGACCCUAAGAUUUUGAUUUUAGAUGAAGCUACCUCUGCUCUUGAUGAGUAAUCACAAGAUUUAGUAAAUAAUGCUCUUGAAAAAGCAAUGAUUGGUAGAACAAGCAUAGUUAUUGCUCAUAGGCUAAGUACGAUUAAAAACUGUGAUUGGAUAUGUGUAUUACAUAAAGGUCAGAUAGUUGAGUAGGGCACAUUCUAAAAUCUAGCAGAAGAUGAUUAAUCUUAUUUCUAUAAAUUAAAGUCCGGGAUGGAAAUGUGA